AUGAGGAGAAACUGCAACUUGGAACUUCGUCUCUUCCCUUCUCAGGACGAUGCCGGCUACAAUCACCCCAUAAUCAUGGGAGGAGAAGGCAAUAAUAAUAAUGAGAGCAGUGAGAUGAUGAUGAGUGCAGAGGAUGAAGGGCAGCAACAGAAGCUCACAAUUUUCUAUGAUGGCAAGGUCUGCGCUUCUGAUGUCACCGACGUUCAGGCGAGGUGGAUAAUGAAGGAGGCGAGUAAGGAAAUGGAGGAGAAAAUGAAGAGAUCAUUAUCACUUCCCUCAUCAUCUUCUUCGUCUUCAAUCUCUGCAAGUCAGAUGUGUAGCCCUAACACUGCACUUUCCAUGAAGAGAUCUCUCCAACGUUUCCUUCAGAAGCGAAAGGAUCGUAUCCACGAAUCAUCCCCUUACCAUCCUUAAUUAAUUAAAUCCUUCUAUCACGUUUAUAUAUAUAUACACAUAUAUAUUAAUGGC